GCAAGCUACCCGAUGCUUGGCUUCCCGGCUCGAGACCACACGAUCUCGUUUUCGGUAGCACAGAAAGGAGCAAAACAUUGAAAAGAUGAAUGGAUUGAGCUGGAAGUCAAAUUCUCACUUUUCUAUAAGAGACGCAAAUCCCUCCCGCCUCGUUGGGUCUUCACUCCUCAUCAUCUUACACAGUAUUCCUUCCCAACAUAGUAUUCGCUUCCUUUCGGCAAUAUUGCCUCCCCAAUAACCUCCUAUUCUCGUUGUUGAGAACUUCCCUCAUCGUUCACUCCUGUUCCUCCUCUUGAAACAAGACCAGCCAACACAUCCAUCAUAAUGCAGUCCAAGAUCUUCACCACCGCCGUUGCUGCUCUCUCACUGCCCGCAGUGCAAUGUGCAGUUGCGCCCAGGCAAAUUGCCAUUAGUCCUGGCUUGAUCGUUCUUCCCGGCAUCUUCAUUAACCCCAACACUCUCGGGCCCCAGCAGUCGGUGUUCCAAACUCUCGACCUUGUCCGUGAGGAUGUGGGCAAGACUAUCAACCUUGUCAAUCAGAUCACGAACACUACCGCUGGCAACCUGCUUGGAACGGUUUCCGUUGCUACUACCGUAGUCGGUCAGGUCACUAACAACGUGGGGACCAUUUUGGCCAAGGUCACUGAACUUACCAACCUCAUCACGCCUACUCUUCCUUCUCCUACUACUCCUGCGCCCCCAGACUUGCCGGAUAUUGGUGGCACGGCCGAGACUCUUGUCCGCACGGUUCAGGAGCUCACCAGGGCGGCCACCGCCCAGCUCGACGCCCUCCGCAACCAGGCUGUCGGGCUAGCCGCAGCAACCUUGCUUCCUCUUGUCGCCACUUUGCAGGUGACCUUGCAAACCGCCCUCAACCUCCUCGGCGUCGCCUCCGGUAUCGCCCUCUCCCUGGCGGCUAGCGCCACUGCCAACGUUCAGACUAUCGUUGAUCGAGUCCUCAAUGCCAAGGCCAAGCUGGCAGGUGUCCUUGUUAUCGGCAUCCAGCCGGAGGUCAUCUUCUAGACGGAUUCAUGUAUACCAACAUAUGCAUCCAGUCUGGUUCUAUGGGCCUCCAUUACAUGGUGAGACGCUAGUGAUCGACGUGGUACCGACGAGAACGUAAUGGAAUAAUGGAGAAGAUUGCGGAGGUUAUGACGGCCUGCGAUUGGGAAUUAUUUGACUUUUGACGUGAAAUGCCUACAUUCUUUGGUGAAUGACACUGAGAAGACUAUUCAACAAGACUCAGCGGAAUGACUAUUUUUGAUACUUAUUUAAAACUCUAUUAUGGCCAAAACACAAGACCAGACCUGUUGUCCCUCUUUACGUGCAGUUAGUGGGCUGUAAAUCAUCCACACUUUGGGUGCAUUAACAUAUACGACCAAGGUGCACCAAAGUACA